UGGCCGUAGUUGCCACAGCAACCGCUCCAGCUUCACCGCUAGUGCGCCACAACAUUCCCUCAAGCGGCUGCUGCACAUCCACCCGACAGAUCUGAUAUCGGAUUUGACAUCGACGAUGCGUUUAAAAUCCCACGCAAAGCGCCUUCUUCACUAGAUCGACUGCGUUCCGUGUAACAGAAGCGCUUAUUUUAUUUCGCAGGAGUAAAUUCCCUUCGUGUGAGACGGAGAGAUGUUGGUUAGCUUAGCCUAGCGCGCUAAUCCUUCAGCAGAACUGAUCAAACUGUUGAUUCCAAUACGCCGUGAAAGAUGCCCGGGACAGAUGACCCUCGUAAGCUGUUCAUCCUGACCACGGCGGGAAAUUACUUCAGUCUGGACACACAGGCGUCUCUGUCCACCUGCCGUCCGCUCGAUAACUUCUUAGAUGACAGCAACGAAUUCCUGCUCAGCGUCAGCAGAAACACAGAUGAGCUGCGCUUCUCAAACAAGCUGGAGAGCAUGGAUGGCGACGGCAGGGUUCUGCUGUUCUUCAAACCUCAUCCGUGUGUGGUGAGUGAGGAGAACCUGCACCGAUCCGUCCUGGUGUCCUCCAUGCUGGAGUCUCCCAUCAGCACCCUGUACCAGGCCUUGAGACAGGUCUACGGCCCCGUUCUGCUGCAGGAUGAUAAAUGGAGUCAGUCGUUCGACUCAAAGCUUCAGUCUCUGCUCACGGAUCUUGAGGUCGGGCUGGGCUCUGUGCUCAGACACUCACACCCAAAGGAUUCUGGGGAACGGAGUCAUUCAGAGACGGAUGUGUCGAGUAUCAUGACGCCUCUGGAUGAGUUCAGCUUCUGGGCUGAUGUCGGUCGCUCCGGACAGCAUAGCAGAGAGAGAGACAGAGCGGCACACUUCUCUGAACUCUUCACCACCAUCGAGAAGGACUACAGCAAUCUGGACAGUUUCAGUCUGGUGGAGGUACUAGACCUGAUUGAGAGCACCCGUGAGACAGUAGAUGACGUGUGGAAACAGAAUGAACACGCCCCCUACCCCGAGACACGAAUGAUCCGACUCAUGGAUGUCACAGGCGGCGCUCUCGGCAGGUUUGUACAGAGGAAGCUGAGCACCCUGCGCUUGUGGGAUGAUCCAUAUUUCACAGUCAGGGAGGGGCUUAAAGGGGGCGUGGCUGCCUGUGAACAGUGGGUGGCGGUCUGUGAACACCUGACUGGUCAGGUGUGGAAACGCUACUCGCCUCAUCCGUGGAGCGGAGAGAAGCACCGCCCACAAGGACUGCAGAGCCUCGCCCAGCGAUUAGAUGAGGUGGUGCAGGUGCGAUCUGUGUGUGAGAAACUGCAGCGUUUGUUAUCCGGAGGGAAGCUGCAGGUUUCACCCGCGCGUGUGUAUCAGCCUUUCACAGGGCUCAACCCCAUACACUACAACCCUUAUACUGAGCCCUUAUGGAGAGCUGCAGUGUCUCAGUUUGAUCGACUCAUCGCUCCAGCAGAACAGGAAGCAGCUGGAAAGCUCAAGACCUUCAUAAUUGAUGCACAGGACAGUCCACAGCAGCUGCUGCAGGUGUUUCAGAAACACAGAGAGCUGAUCAAACGACCCACAAUCAGCAAAGAACUGCAGCCCGAGAGAGAAACGCUCCUGACGCGACUGCUGGACUACAACAAGGGUCAGAUCACAAACACUGAAGCCCGCUGUCACGGUGCUCCAGGAGAGAAAACCGGCCCUCUAGCGGGACGAAACCUUCCAGAGGUCAUCAACAAUAUUGUGUGGGUCGACAGCUGCUGCUGAAGGUGGGAGGACUCUCUGAAGAUGGCAGACGCGUUGCUCUCCGAUCUGAGUGGGUUUCAGCCGCUGCCCCGUUUCUGUGAUGAGCUGCAGGAGCAGAUGAGAUCGUACGAGCAGGAGCAGUUUGAAGACUGGAGCAGAGACCUGCUGUCAGGACUGUCUGAUCCCAAAUCUGGAAUCAGUUUGCAGGCCAGUAAUCGUGUCAUGGAGUUGGAUCACAUGGAUGGUAAACUGAAGAUCCAGUACUCGGAUCGGCUGGUGAGUUUACUCCGAGAGGUGCGGCAGCUCUCCGCUCUGGGCUUCACCAUCCCUGCUAAGAUCCAGCAGGCGGCAAACACCGCCGACAAGUUCUACAGACAGGCCAUCAUCCUCAAACAGGUGGCUCAUUUCUACAACACCAUCGAUCAGCAGAUGAUCCCUUCUCAGCGACCCAUGAUGCUCGGCUGUGCUCUGGCCUUUGAACAGGUCAUCAAGCAGAAUCCACGCUCUCAAUCUCGUGACGAAGGCGGAAAACUCCAGAUCACGUGGGAGAAUCCUAAAGAGCUGGAGCAGUACAUCAGUAAGCUGCAGAGCGCCGCCGAGAGACUCUCUACGGAGAACCGCAAACUCAGGAAGUGGCACACCGACUUCACUGACAAGGUGGUGAGUCUGAUGGGAGUGGAUCUCUUGCGUCAGCAGCAGAGGUGGAAAGAUGCUCUUCAGGAUCUCAGGACUGGAUUCGCCACACUAGAGUCUCAGGGGAUUCGCGCAGGAGACAUGAGGGCCUGGCGUCAGCACUGGAACCAUCAGCUGUAUAAAGCUCUGGAGCAUCAGUAUCAGGUGGGACUGGAGGCCCUCAACAAGAACCUGCCGGAGAUUAACAUCGACCUCAUCUUCAAGCAGGGGCGGCUGCAGUUCCGUCCUGCGUUCGAGGAGGUCAGAGCGAAGUACUACCGCGAGAUGAAAAGGUUCAUCUGCAUCCCGAACCAGUUUAAGGGCGUGAGCGAGACGGGAGAGGAGCCCAUAUUCACCUGCAUGAUCGAACGCAACGCCAGCGGCUUCCUGACCAUCUUCAGCAAAGCCGAACACCUCUUCAGUCGACUCACACAUGUGCUGGACAAGUUUAAGGACUGGGUGGUUCUGGGGCAGGUGGAUGUGGACUCUCUGAUAAAGAAACACCACAACAGCCCACAACACUGAGAGAAAAUUCACAGAUCUCCAAAACCCGGAGGAAAAGAGUCCGAGCGGCUGCCCAGCACAGAGAAGGUCGACUGCAUCACGGUGAACUGUGAACCUGUCAGAGUGGCUGUGGACGAUCUCAUCCAGAGGCUGUUUGACGCUCUGCUGACGUCCUUGAGGAGGUCCAUCCAGGGUGCGAUCACAACACACACUCAACGCGGUGCGAUGGAGACGUUAUCCUUGCGUCCUGAGAGCAUCGAUGAGAUCGGAGAGGCCAAUGCCAAACACGGCCAAUUACAGACCCAGAAACCCGAGAUCCUGCCUCAGUUCCAGCAGGCGGAGGAGAAGAACAGGCUGCUGCGCUCUGUGGCGGGUGGAGGACUGGACACCAUCAGCUCCCUGAGAGCCAGAUGGGACAAAUUUGAGCUCAUGAUGGAGAGUCAUCAGCUCAUGAUUAAAGAACAGGUGGAGGUGAUGAAGGGGAACGUUGAGUCUCGGGUGCAGGCUUACCUGCAGGACCUGCAGAAGUUCAGAGCUCGCUGGGACCAGCUCAAACCCGGGCAUGACAUCAUCGAGUCAGGUGACCACGAGACUCUGCAGCGCUGCGUUCAGAACAUCCGCGACAGACGAGCCGAGUUCGGCGAGCUGGAGAACACGCGCAAAAAACUCAUAAACGCCUGUGGUCCCUUCACAGCUGAUAACGUGUCUCUGGCGACCGAAACGCUGCGGGAUCUGCAGGAGUGUUCAGAGAUGUGGGAGCUCUACGAGGAGUUUCAGCAGGGACUGGAUGAACACGCAGAGCAGGACUGGAUUUCCUUCAGGAGUAAGACUCACGUGUUCGAGGAGUUUCUGUUCGCGUGGCACGGCCGUCUGAGGAAGCUGGAGGAGCACAGCAGCAUGUCUGUCAAACUGCAGAAGGAAGUGGACCGAUACAAGGCCGUGGUUCCAGUGCUGAAGUACGUGCGAGGUGAGCAGCUCUCUCAGGAACACUGGCUGGAUCUGUUCCGGCUCGUCUCGCUGCCCAGAGGAACCACACUAGAGAGACUGCAGUUCAGAGACCUGCUGCGAGUGGCUGACAACAUCAUCGACAAAGCCCUGGAGCUCAAGGAUCUGAACAGUCGCGCGCAGGCCGAGGUCACCAUCCGUGAGGCCCUGCGGGAGCUGGAGCUGUGGGGCGCCGGCGCGUGCUUCACCCUGACGGACUACACAGACAGUCAGGGCGGCUCUCUGCGCCUCAUCAAGGACUGGAGGGACAUGGUCAACCAGGUGGGGGACAACCGCUGCCUGCUGCAGUCGCUCAAAGACUCGCCCUAUUACCUGCGCUUCCAGGACAAAGUGUCGCUGUGGGAAACCCGACUGGCCGACCUCGACGAGUACCUCCAGAACCUCAACACCAUCCAGAGGAAGUGGGUCUACCUGGAGCCCAUAUUUGGGCGUGGGGCGUUACCACGGGAACAGGCCCGCUUUCAGAGAGUGGACCAGGAUUUCAGGGCCAUCAUGUCAGACGUCCAGAGGGACGGCAGGGUCACGUCUCUCAGCGCUCGAGCUGGAAUCAGGAACUCCCUCGUCACCAUCCUGGACCAGUUACAGCGCUGCCAGAAAUCCCUCAAUGAAUUCCUGGAGGAGAAGCGUUCUUCAUUUCCUCGGUUUUACUUCAUUGGAGACGAUGAUCUGCUGGAGAUUCUCGGACAGGCCACAAACCCAACUGUCAUACACACACACCUGAAGAAACUCUUCGCAGGCAUCAGCAGUGUGGAGUUUGAUCCGAGUUUUCAGAGCAUCACAGCCAUGAAGUCACUGGAGGGUGAGACCGUGCCGCUCCAGAACACCGUCAGCAUCUCCAGCGACGUGGAGGUUUGGCUAAGCGCUCUCUCCACGGAGAUGAAAAACACCCUGAAACAUCUCCUGUGUGAAUGUGUGGAUGCUGGAAAGAGAGGAAACGUGGAUCCCACGCGCUUUCCUUCUCAGAUUCUGUGCCUGGCAGAGCAGAUCCAGUUCACAGCGGAUGUGGAGAACGCCAUCCGACAGCAGAACCUCCAUCAGCUGGAGCUGGAGCUCACCGCCAAACUGGAGAGCUACACCAGCGUAGACACCAACAUGGACGACACUGCAGAAUCAACAGUUCUGCAGUUGAAACUGAAGGCUCUUAGAUCGACAUUAACAACAACAUCAGUGGUUCAGAGUCUGAGAGAAGCUCAGAUUCACAGCACCGAGGACUGGAUCUGGAAGAAGCAGCUGCGAUUCUACCUGACCGCAGACCAGCGCUGCUGCAUACAGAUGGUGGACGCGGAGUUCAGCUACACAUACGAGUAUCAGGGUAAUAUUCCUAAACUGGUUCACACGCCCCUGACGGAUAAGUGCUAUCUGACACUGACACAGGCCAUGAAAAUGGGUUUGGGCGGGAAUCCCUACGGCCCCGCGGGAACCGGGAAGACCGAGUCCGUUAAAGCCCUGGGAGGACUGUUCGGAAGACAAGUGCUGGUCUUCAACUGUGAUGAGGGUAUUGAUGUGAAGUCCAUGGGCCGGAUCUUCGUGGGGCUGGUGAAGUGUGGAGCAUGGGGUUGUUUUGACGAGUUCAAUCGUCUGGAAGAGGCUGUGCUCUCCGCCGUCUCCAUGCAGAUACAAGCCAUCCAGAACUCACUGAAGAACCACCGCACCACCUGCCAGCUGCUCAAUAAAGAGGUGGAGUUGGACCCAAAUUCGGGUGUCUUUAUUACUCUGAACCCAGCGGGUAAAGGAUACGGAGGACGGCAGAAGCUGCCGGAUAAUCUGAAGCAGCUCUUCCGACCGGUUGCCAUGACGAGUCCCGAUAACGAGCUCAUCGCUGAGGUCAUCCUGUAUUCAGAAGGGUUUAAAGAAGGAAAGGCACUCGGACGAAAAUUGGUCGCUAUAUUCAACCUGGCCAGAGAGCUGUUGACGCCGCAGCAGCACUACGACUGGGGUUUGCGUGCUCUAAAGACGGUUCUGAGAGGCUGUGGGAGUCUGCUGCAGUUACAGAGACAAAACACCAACCCCUUGAAGGAGAGCGGGUUGGUGGUGCAGGCCUUGAGGUUGAACACCAUGUCAAAGUUGACGUUUGCGGACAGCUCUCGGUUUGACGCCCUGGUCAGAGACGUGUUUCCUGGAGUCGACUUUAAGGACGUGGAGUAUGAGAUGCUCAAAUCGGCCCUGCUGGCUGUCUACGAAGAGGCACGGCUGGAGAUCAUACCCAGUCAGAUGAAGAAGGCUCUGGAGCUGUACGAGCAGCUGCGGCAGAGGAUGGGUGUGGUGGUGGUCGGGCCCAGCGGGGCGGGGAAGUCCACCCUGUGGAGGAUGCUGCGGGCGGCGCUGGGCAGGAUGGGCCGCGUGGUCAAACAGUACACCAUGAACCCGAAAGCCAUGCCACGCCAGCAGCUCCUGGGCCACAUCGACAUGGACACACGAGAGUGGUCUGACGGGGUCCUGACGUCCUCCGCACGACAGGUGGUGCGAGAGCCACAGGAGGUGAGCUCGUGGAUCAUAUGUGAUGGAGACAUUGAUCCGGAGUGGAUCGAGUCAUUAAACUCUGUGCUGGAUGAUAAUCGUUUACUCACGAUGCCUAGCGGUGAGAGGAUUCAGUUCGGCCCCAAUGUCAACUUCCUGUUUGAGACCCACGAUCUGAGCUGCGCCUCGCCAGCCACCAUCUCCCGCAUGGGCAUGGUGUGUUGCAGCGAUGAAGACACUGACGUGGGCUCUCUCGUGAAGUCGUGGCUGAAGAGGGAAGAUGAAGACAACAGGAUGAAUCUGGAGAACUGGCUCAAUGAUUAUUUCCACAGAGCUCUGGACUGGGUUCUCAAACAGAGUGAUUUUGUGGUGGACACCAGUCUGGUCGGGACGGUGCUGAACGGUUUGUCCCAUCUGAGAGGGGUCAGAGAGCGAGGACAGUUUGUUGUGGGACUCAUCCGCGGUUUGGGAGGAAAUCUCACGCUCAGAUGCCGCCAGGAGUUCGCCAGGGAGUUUCUAAGUUCUGACAUAGAAAGCCAUACAAACUCCCCCCGCAAUCACCCCCACAAGCCACUUAACACGUACUACGACCCUGCGUCCGGCCGUCUGUGUGCGUAUGAGCUGCAGCGAGGGGAAGGUGUGUGUGUGGACGACCUCAGUAACCCACACAAUCUCCCCGUCAUACACACACCCGACACACAGCGCGGACUCGACCUCUUCACCCCGUGGCUCUCGUCCAAUCACAGGCAGCCGUUCCUGCUGGUGGGGCCGGAGGGAUGCGGGAAAGGGAUGCUCCUGCGCUGUGCGUUCUCUCAGCUCCGCUCCACGCAGGUGGCCGUGGUGCACUGCAGCGCUCAGACGUCCUCCCGUCACGUCCUGCAGAUUUCACUGUCCCUGCCAGAAGCUCUCGCACGACCUGGUCUGGUCAUCAGCUCCAACACGGGGAGCGUUGUGUACCGGCCCAAAGACUGGCGAAGAGGCUGUGUGUGGUACCUCAAAGACAUCAACCUGCCCAAACCUGACAAGUGGGGCACCAGCAACCAUACAUCCGCUUUCCUGCAGCAGGGUCUUGACAUAUCCAGUCAGGGCUUCUAUGAUGAGAACCUGGAGUGGGUCGGACUGGAGAACAUUCAGUGUGUGGCCAUCUCCAUGUCAGUCAGGGGGCGCUUGGUGGGGCGGCACACACUCACGUCACGCUUCACCUCGAUGCGUGCGGAUUUGCACUUGAUUGAUUAUCCAGACAGAGAGCAGCUGCAGACCAUCUACAGCGCAUACCUGAAACCCGUGCUGCAAAGUACUCUGGGUAAUGAUCCAACCUGGAGCUCUGCAGGGAAGAUCCACCAGCUCGCCGGCUCAUUGGUGCAGGUGUACGAACAGGUGAAGGCCAAAUUCUCCGUUGAUGAUCACAGUCAUUAUCUCUUCACCCCGUGUUUGCUCACACAGUGGGUCCUGAAUCUGCUGCGAUACGACCUGAGCGCAGGUAAAUCCGCUGUAGAUUCAGUGCUGGAGGUGGUGGCGUAUGAAGCCCGGCGUCUGUUCAGGGACCGAAUCGUGUCCUCUAAAGAUCUGAAUGAACAUCAAAACAUCCUUCACCACGUCAUAAUGGGCCACUGAUGCACUCAACCACACGACAAUACUACAGAUACGUAUUUUGUAACGUGGGCCGCGUCUCACUAACGACGUCCCUCCUCCCCAGCCCAUCCCACCCCACCUCACGGCAAACCGCUCGGACGUCUCACCGCCGGUGACCUCAGUGAGAUUAUACACAAGGGAAUAGUUCUGUACGGCCGUGAUAAUCGUGAGCUGGACAUCCUGUUGUUUCCGGAGGUUCUGGACUACAUGUGUCGACUGGACCGAGUCCUGAGCUCUCCGGGCGGGUCACUGCUGCUGGCGGGUCGUAGCGGCGUCGGCCGGCGUACAGCUACAUGUGUGGUCAGCCACAUGCACGGAGCGUCUCUCUUCACCCCCAAAAUCUCCCGCUCGUACUCGCUGAAACACUUCAAAUCUGACCUGAAGACUGUGAGGCCGCUGUGUGGACCGGUCGGGCAGCAGGUUGUUCUGCUGCUGGAAGAUCAUCAGUUUGUUCAUCCUUCCUUCCUGGAGAUGGUCAACAGUCUGUUGUCCUCAGGUGAAGUUCCAGGUUUGUACUCCACUGAAGAGUUGGAGCCUCUUCUGUCAUCUCUGAAAGAUCAGGCAUCACAGGAUGGAUUCACCGGGCCAGUUUACAAUCUGUUUUGUGCAGGCGUUCAGCAGAACCUCCAUGUGGUUUUGAUCCUGGACUGCACUAACGAGCACUUCACCAACAGGAAGUGCUCGGUCCAGUGGAUGGAGGGCUGGUCCGACAGCAGCACAAAGAAGAUCCCAGAGAUGCUGCUGUCAAGGAUGGACGCAGAAGACGAGAAAGAUGGAGACAAACAGAAGAAGAAGAAGAAAUCUGGAUCUGUGCACGCAGAGCUCUACCGCUCCUUCCUGGCGAUUCACGAGUCGUGUCGGGAAUUCGGAGCCACGCCUAGUCAAUACCUGAGCUUCCUGCAGGUGCACAACAACAAACAACAGCACCUACAGGUCAACACCGUCACGGAUGCAGACAAGAGCUCAGGCGGGCGUGGCGAAAAAAAGAAGGUCGUUUCUAUGAAGCGAAGGAAGAGAUCAAUCACCACCUCUAUGCAGAACGCCAGCGACCAGAAGACAGAGAUGGAGAAGAUCAAAGAGAGGAUGGCACACGAGGUCUCCAAGAUCGAAGAGAGGAAGAAGAAAAUAGACGAGGAGCUCCGAGAGGUUCAGCCCCUGGUGGACGAGGCAAAGCAGGCGGUGGGGAACAUUAAACCAGAGUCUCUGUCUGAGAUCCGCUCGCUGCGCAUGCCGCCCGACGUCAUCAGAGACAUCCUGGAGGGGGUGCUGAGGCUCAUGGGAAUAUUUGACACGUCGUGGGUCAGCAUGAAGAGUUUCUUAGCCAAGCCGAGGAGUGAGGGGAACAGAUCGCCACGGUUUGAUGUGCGCAGCAUCACUCACGAAAUACGACAGAGCGUCGAGGAGCUGCCUGCAGAGAAACAAGGCUUCGUUUUGACCCCAAGGAAUGCCAAGCGCGCGAGUGCAGCCGCCGCUCCCUCUGGCCCGCGUGGGUGAAGGCCAAACGUCCAGUACUCACAGUACCUGGAGAAGAUCCAGCCGCUGGAGACGGAGCACGCGGGUCUGUCCAGAAACCUGCGGAAGACGGAGAACCGUAAGAAACAGGCUGGAAAAAAAGAGCUGAACUCGGUAGGAGAGAAAGUUCUGGAGCUGAAGGAGAAGUAAGGACGUUUCAGGUGUCGUACGACUGAAGCGGCUAAACUGGAGUCAGAGGUGAGCAGAGCACAAGAGACCAUCAGCGCAGCCGAAAAGCUCCUGCAGCGCUGGACGGAGAAACACACACGCUGGACCACACAGGUGGAUGAGAUCAGUGAGGAGCUGGACACUCUUCCUAAGAGAGAUUCUCAAAAAAAACCCCUGUCUGCUGCUUUCAUCACGUAUCUGCCUGCAGCUCCUGAACAGCGGCGCAGCAGCCUCGACCUGAUGAUGAGCAGCUCAUGACUACAGAAGUUCGAUCUGCGUCACUUCCUGUGUUCUGAGAGCGAGCAGCUGAUCUGGAAGAGCGAAGGUUUGCCAUCUGAUGACCUGUCGAUGGAGAACGCUCUGGUCAUCCUGCAGAGUGCUUCUUGUCCGUUCCUGAUCGAUCCGUCCUCUCGUGCGACAGAGUGGUUGCGAACUCAUCUGAAAGCGCAUCGUCUGGAGGUCAUAAACCAACAGGAUGCUAACUUCAUGACGGUGUUGGAGUUAGCCGUGCGCUUCGGUAAGACUUUGAUCAUUCAGGAGAUGGACGGCGUUGAGCCCGUCCUGUACCCGCUGCUGCGCCGAGAUCUCAUCGCACAGGGGCCGCGAUACGUGGUACAGAUCGGAGACAAAGUCAUCGACUAUAACGAGGAUUUCCGUCUGUUUCUGGCGACCCGUAACCCCAGUCCCUUCAUCCCACCUGACGCCAAGUCCGUCAUCACAGAGGUGAACUUCACCACCACUAGAGCAGGACUGCGAGGACAGCUGCUAGCGCUGACCAUCCAGCAGGAGAAACCAGAGCUGGAGAGCGAAAAAACCAAGCUCCUGCAACAGGAAGAGGAGAAAAAGAUUCAGCUCGCUCAGUUGGAGGAGUCGCUGCUGGAGACUUUAGCGACGGCUCAAGGGAAUAUCCUGGAGAAUAAGGAGCUGAUUGAGUCUCUGAACCAGACUAAAGCCAGCAGCGCUCUGAUCCAGCAAUCUCUGACUGAAUCGCACCGCCUGCAGACGUCACUCGACCAGGAAAGAGACGCGUACCUGCCGCUAGCCGAGACGGCCAGCAAGAUGUACUUCGUGAUCACAGAUCUGUCCAAGAUUAAUAACAUGUACAGAUUCAGUCUGGCCUCGUUCCUGCGACUCUUCCACAGAGCGCUGCAGACCGAACAGGAAAGCGAGAGCACCGAUGUAAGGAUCUCCACGCUGGAGAGCCGUCUGAAGAACAUGGUGUACGAGUAUAUCUGCCGCUCACUUUUCAAGGCGGAUCAGUUGAUGUUUGCGCUGCACUUUGUGAAGGGAAUGAACCCAGAACUCUUCCAGGAGAAUGAAUGGGAUGUGUUCACUGGCCUGAUCGUUGGAGACAUGGUUCGUAAGACGGACUCCCAGAAGUCUCUGCGAGAACUGUUUCCAUCUUGGAUUGAUCAGGAGAGGCUGAUAGCUGUGGCUCUGCUCAAGAGCACAUUUCCAGUGCUGUACCAGUCUCUCUGUCUGAACGACUCAGACCUGUGGCUCACGUUCUCACACAGUUCCUGCUGCGAACAGGAAAUCCCGCCCCCCAUUGCCAAGAAGAUCUCACUCUUUCAGCAGGUGUUGGUGGUUCAGGCGUUACGGCCGGAUCGCUUACAGAGUGCGAUGGCAGCCUUUGCAUCUCAAGCUUUGGGUAAGUUCAGAGAGCGACGACACACACACACACACACACACACACACACACACACACACACACACACACACACACACACACACACAGCUCUGAGUCAGGCAUGGAUAAGAUAUCAGACGGCUGACUCUCACUCUUUGUCAUCAGUUUGUGUCGAGCUUUUCUCUGGAGCUUAAUUAUGAUUCUCAGAG